UUUAAGGAAGCCUUUGGUAAUGAGCUGAAGCACCAAGCUUGAACAAUAGGCCCUGCUGCCCGUUCGUUUCCCCAGUAUCACAAAAGAUGAGGGCCUUCACGAAACUGUCCAUCCCCUCUUUCUUCUUCCUGCUGAUUAGCUGCUCGACUCUUGCUCGGGCGGCUAGGUUUGACGUCACCAACAAUUGCCCCUACACCGUGUGGGCCGCUGCUGUCCCAGGUGGCGGGAGGCAGCUCGACCAAGGCCAGACAUGGCCCCUCGAUGUCGCCGCCAGCACGACGGAAGCGCGGAUCUGGGCCCGCACCAACUGCCGCUUUGAUGGGGCCGGCCAGGGGAGCUGUGAGACUGGCGACUGCGGUGGGCUCCUCCAGUGCCAGGCCUAUGGUGUGUCCCCCAACACGCUGGCCGAGUUCUCCCUGAACCAGUACAUGAACCAGGACUUCAUCGACAUGUCGCUCAUUGAGGGGUUCAACGUCCCGAUGGAGUUCAGCUCGACCUCUGGCGAGUGCAACCGGGUGAUCAAGUGCACGGCCGACAUCAUAGGGCAGUGCCCGGCUGCACUGAAGGUCACGGGCGGGUGCAAUGGGCCGUGCCCAAUUUUCAAGACCGACGAGUAUUGUUGCAAUUCCGGAAGUUGCGGGCCGACUGAUUAUUCCAGGUACUUCAAAGAUAGGUGUCCAGAUGCUUAUAGUUACCCGAAGGAUGAUGCUACCAGUGUUUUCACCUGCCCGGGAGGGACAAAUUAUAAGGUUGUCUUCUGUCCUUGAAGACAUGACUGGUGGGCAGUUCAUCAUUCCACGAUGAGCGAAACUCCGAGACAAAUAAGACCCGUCAUAUACCUUGUAAUAGAUGCAUAAUGAAGCCUUCUCUCGAUGAGCACGGUAGAAAAAUGUGCAGGGGAGAAUAUAUACGUAAAUAAAAUGCAUGUAAUUUCUCA